AUAAAUACUUUCAUGAAGUGCUCGCUCCGAGGCAGACGUGCGGGCCUCGCCAAUAAAUAAAAUAACAUCUGACCUGUUGUGUACCCGGAACUGUUAGACAAUGGCCGCAUAAGUGUGUGAAAAAACAAUUCAUUGGUGUUAAGCGGCUAGGUGAAUUCAAGAGGUGCUCUAGUGAUAUUUUCAAAAAUGACGAUAACCCCUACCCCAGUCAUCUUUGGUGAAAAGAGCAGCAAACCAGCCCUUCACUGGGUUUCUUCAGAAUGGAGAGGAAUUCUUGCCGAAUUCGUAGCGACGGCGUUGCUUUUGACAUUUGGCUGCAUGGCCUGCAUACCUAUGGACGAUAUUCCGGCCAGUGACUCGAUAUUUGGGCCUCUCGGAUUUGGAUUUACGGUCAUGUUUAAUAUUCAAAUAUUUGGACACAUAUCCGGUGCAUUUAUGAAUCCCUUCGUAACAAUAGCAGCUGUGAUAUGGGGAAAAAUAUCAAUUGCAACGGGAGUUGCGUAUAUUCUAGCGGAAUGUGCAGGAGCUACAUUGGGCUACGGCCUUUUGACAACUUUGGCACAUAUUGAUAUAGCAGCAGAAGCUGUUUGUGUGACGUUACCUCGUUCUGGUAUAAAUGAAUUUCAAGCUUUGGGUGUGGAAAUGGUGUUAUCAGCAGCACUCUCGCUCAUAAACUGUGGUGUGUGGGAUCCUGUGAACGCGCAUAACUCUGAUUCAGUGCCGUUGAAGUUUGCGUUUACUAUUGUUGGAUUGUCGUACGCUGGAGCACACUUGACCGGCGCUAGCAUGAAUCCCGCGAGGUCGCUGGGCCCGGCAAUUUGGGCCAACCGAUGGGACAUCCACUGGGUGUACUGGGUCGGCCCACUGGUCGGCGGCGUUUUGCCAGCAAUCUUCUACAAAUACGUUUGGCUGCGGAAACCAGAUCCUAAGUUACAAGACUGAUCUCAGGUCAAUGUUAACUAGUGUUGGAGUGAAACGGAAUAAAUUUAAGCAUCAAAAUACUAUUGCGACUGCUCUGAUGAAAUAGUCACUGAUCUGUUCUUUGUUUUAAUAACAUACACAAACUAUUUAUCAUAGAUGUUGUUGUAAUUUAAGGUUUUUAUUUGGUAAUACUCAAGAAUUAGUAUUUAAUCGCAAUAUAGGUAAGGGCUUACUGUCAAGGCAUAGAUAAUGAUAACGCUAUGAUAAUAAUGUAAUUCGAAGCAAUGUCAAAAAUAAAGAGGAGGAUAAGCAGAUUAUCAAGUUAUCAGCACCGUGACUAUUCAAUUAGGCGCCUUUGUUUCAAUUACUACUUUCAAUAGCUUUAAUCAAACGAUUUUAUGAACUGAUAGUAACGCAAUUAAUUUGUAAUGAGUGUAGGCUUGAAAGGUGUGAAAUACAGAAAUAAAUUUGUAAAAAUAUGAAA